AUGGAUGUUAAAAACUUGCCGAAACGUCUCGCAGAAUACUUUGUCAUCUGCGGUUUGCCGAAAGAUCCCAAGACUUAUGAUGUUUCAAAGAUUAUCACCCACACCGAGGAAAUUAUUGCGCCUGAAGCGUCAAUUGACUUCACCAGAUUUCCGGAACCGAUUAUCGACAUUAAGAUCGUUAGUUUAAAAGAGAAAGAGGAAGUUCCUGAAGGAUAUACACGCAUUAAAUAUAGCGUUUCUGGGAAACACAAGGCUAACAUUAUGCUUAACUUUGGCGAAGAGGCUUGUAUCUGUUAUCGAAGAGGGCGUGACCUACCAUACAUAAAGGAUAUCGAUACUUUAGGAGAUAAACAAUGCCCAAAGAAAAAUACAGUAGUUCUGUCAAAGACUAUUGGUGGUCGUGAUGCUAAUAUGCUUAGUACACUAACAAAUCGUUUAUUUCUAUCAUAUCUACGUGGUAAUCCAGAGAAUAGUAUUGAUUCACUAGCUGUAACUGAUCUAUGCAUUAUAAUUCCGGGGAAACAAGAAACUUGUCCACCUGCCUAUCGACAAGUUACAGAACCGAUAUGUAUAAGUUCAUUUCGACUAAAAGCCUAUAUAUGUUAUCGAAAAUCACUUGUAAAACAAUGCAUUAUCUCUUAUGAACCUGAAGUAUUAUAUUGGUAUCGUGUACCAAACACUAUGGAUUAUGAUUUUACUGAUUUGGAUAAAAGAUAUAAAGAAGAAACUUCAAAGUGUUCUCUGCCCUCAUUGAGUAAGCCUGAACAAUGCAGUGACCAGGUGAAUAAUGAGGCAUUGGAUAACAAUAGCUCAGUUGCUACAGAUUCACCACCAGUGGCUCCACUGGAUCCAGAUAUCUUUCAAGUAGCGAAUUUUUGUCUUCCUUGGGGUGCAUCAAUUGAAUCAUGGUCGGUGAAUCAAGAUCCACCAGAAGUGAAUUCUUUCACUUUUAUGCUAACAAAUGAAUCUUAUCAACAGCUCUAUGGUGUUGCAUUGACAUUUUAUGAACCCUAUGAUCUUAAACAAUUAGAUUUACUCAAAGGCUAUUGUUUAGGCUUGGAUCCUGAACUUGUCAGUGCUAUUAUUUCAUCUAAUUCAACUACAGAUACUAUGCCUGCUACUACUGGUGCUGCUACCAAUUUAAUAAUAAACAACCAUGACUGUGCUGUUAAUGAAGUAGUAGAUGAAGAGGAGAAGGCGAUCGCUGAACGUCAACGUCAUUUUUUAGCAUCACGUGUCGGUGAUCGUGUGAUUGGUGUAACAAAGACUAUUUGUUUAUUAUCUCGUUGGUCGUUCACUUUACCAUUUUCUAAUUUUCUCGGAUUUCUGUAUAGUCGAUGUUUAUUAUCAAAUGAAUUGAAUUCUAUACCGUUUGAACGAUAUUUAGGUCAUUUCCUGUUCGAAAUACCUUUCCCGAAUCGUGCAAUUCCAAGUGUAUCAGUGGAUCUGUGUGCUGCGCCAAUUCUUCUUCAACGUCCAGACGAUACGAAUGCGUCUUCUUCAAGUUGUGAAUCAUUCUUCCGUUUAUUAGAUAAUUUAAAUGUCGAUGUAAUUAUUCAAUUAUUUGUUCAAUUACUUACUGAACAGAAAAUUCUUAUGUCAUCUGUACGACAUUCAGUAUUGAGUGAUAUCGGUGAAGCCUUGACAUGUAUGAUAUUCCCAUUAAAAUGGACUGUUGUAUAUAUUCCCUACAUAUAUAUGGGUUGUAUUCAUGUCAUCCAAUCACCAUCACCAUAUUUAAUUGGAAUGAAUUCAAGAUUUUUUGAUUUUUUUCGUCUACCUCCAAAUGGUGGUAUUGCCUACCUUGAUUUGGAUACAAAUAAUUUUAAGCCACCUACGGCAUUUGGUCAAGUGACACUAGAUUCAAAAGUAUUACCAAAGAAACCAUUGAAACAGCUGAAAGUCAAGUUAAUAGAAUUAAAGGAGAGAAUAAUUAAUAUGCGUAACACAUCAACACGUCAAUUAUCUAAUAAACAUGCCAAUGUACAAAGAAGUAUGAUGUUGGAUUGUAUGUUUUCUACAUCGAAUUCAGAAUUAGCUCAAGAGGAAUUAGUGAAAAUUCGUAAACGUUGGCUGGAAGAACUAAAUGAAAUGACGAAAAUCGGUGCACAAAUCAAAGAUGCCUUUUUUCAAUUUAUGGUUCAUCUGUUGAAAGAUUAUCGUGCAUGCCUUAUACCAGUACGAAAUGUCAAUAAUGAUGUUCUAUUCAAUGUUGAACGUUUUCUCAGAGAAUAUGCUGAUAAGCCAACUAUCCCGUUUUAUCGUGCCUUAUUUGAAACUCAACAAUGGACCAAUUUUGUCCGUGAUAGAAUUUAUGCCUCAUCACGUGAUGAAGAGUUAGAAUAUUUUGAUAAUCAUAUUGAAUUACUUCGAGAAAGUGAAUCGAAGUCAUCAUCAUCAUUACGUCUUCAUCACACCCACCACCAACGUCAUCAGCAUCAACAUAAACAGCAACAAAACCAACAACAACAGCAUCGUUCGCAUAACAGUGUCACUUUAUCAUCUAUGACUAAUUUAUUCUCAAUUGGUGGUGGUAAUCGAUCGCCAUCAUCAUCAUCAUCAUCGCAUGAACAUUUGGCCAAUACAUCAAAAACUACACCUACUGUUGUUAAUAUCAAUCAUCAACAGCAGCAUCAUCAAGGUUAUGAUGCAGCCAGUGAUAAUCUUAGUAAUCAUUCAGAUGCUAUGUCAACAUCAAGUACUGCUUCUUUACGUGGUGGAGGUCGAUCAGAUGAAUCGAAUCAUUCACAGAUAUCAUCAAGUGAUUUAAUGAUGUUACCUAACAAUAAUCAAUGUACAGCUGUUAUCGGUCCACCGAAUUGGCCAAUACCAGAAUUUGUUGAAAAAUUUCAUCAAGGAAGUCAACUACUCUGGACAAGUCAAUACACUUUGGGUGUUAUUCCAACAAAGAUUAAUUCGUAUCUAUUGGAUUUACUUGCAGCACGAGUGUUAUACUUUAGUGCUGUUGCUACGUCGUCUUCAAUCAGUAGUCCUAUGUCAAAAAUAUACCAAUUGCAUGAUGACUAUAGUAGACAACAAUCCAGUAUUAUGACAACAGUAGCACCAGGCAUAACAACAGCAACAAAAGUAUUGAACGAUAACAUUAGUCAAGAAAGUAUUGUUCUCCAUCAUAAUCAUAUUGUCAAUUCUCUGCCAACUACUACCCCUACUACUAACAUGGCAAUAAGUAGUCAUACGGAUAUAGUUCAAUCAUCUCAUCUGUUGUAUACCACCAACCUGUCAGGGAAUGUUGCUGGUUUCAGUGGUGGCAGUAUAAAUUCCACCGAUUGUCUUGACUCUCAGAGACCAACAAUGAAUAUGACAAGGGUGGCAUUACUUCAAAUGAAUAAUAAUAAUAAUAAUAACUAUUAUUAUAAUAAUAGUAAUAAUAACAAUAAUAAUAGAAGUAUUACUCAUCAAUUGGGUUCUUUAAUGCUUGUUGACACACCUUCUCCACUACUUCUUCGUACAAAUCGUCCGGAUAGAAAUCAAAGUUUAAUUGGGUUAACUACAGAGUAUACACUACCAGGGAAUAAUGAGACAAUACUGAAGCGUUCAUCCCAUGAAUUACGCUAUGCAGCUAAUUACUGUAUGGAUAUCUCACAAACUGAUGAUUUUUCAAUGCCAAAGUAUUUAGCUGCAACUGCCUAUUCCAUUUGGUUCAUGUUGCUGCCAGCCUAUUUAUCAGCUGUCUAUGCCUACUAUAAUACCACGAGUACUACAGAGGAUGCUGAUCAUGCCAAUCCUUCUGCUUCUUGUUGUUGUUGUUCUUCUUCUUCUGAAAAUGUUGUCAACCCUAGUGAUGAUGCACAUCAAUCGUCGGCAUCCACUUCGUCUGACACGAACGCAAUGGAUACAAUUAAACGGAUUAUAGCUCAGUCAAUCGGUGUAUGGAAUAGAAUGUGUCUGUAUGGAUUAGAAGGAUCUGAUCAAGUUGCUUUACGCAUUCUGUUAGUUUUACUAUAUCAGAAUCGUAUAGAAAAUUUGGAUUUGAAACAUUUUAUUGAUUCAGUGAAUUGGAAUCUCUCUUCGACUGGAAUUGCAAACCAUAUCUAUAAAGAGUAUGAGAGAGAGAUGAUGGAAAAGGAGAGAUUAGAACGAGAUCGUUUAAAGUUGUCUGCAUUCAGACAACAACAACAACAACAGAAAAAACAACAAGGACAACAUGAACAUCAACAGAUGAAUAUGAAUUUAACACAUCGUCGUUCUGCGUCUGCUGUAGAUUCAAUUCCUCAAACUGUCUUGAUGAAUUCAGCUUCAAAUAUCACUGAUGGAAGAAAUUUAACUGGUAUCAAAGCACCGCAACUACUCACUUCAUCGGAUGAUCUUCCUGAUUUAGGCUAUUCAACAUUGAAUACUACAACAGCUACAACAGUCGCUGAGGUGGAUAAAGCAAGCGAUGAUCAUGAUUGGUCAGAGGAAAAGGGUGUUUGUAAUGGAGACAAUGAUGUUGUUAAUCAUACUCAUCCGACUGUAGAGAAGUGUAGUAGUCAGCCUUCAUCUACUACUCAUAUUGAUGGGAAUCUAGCAGCACCAACACCACCGUCAACAGUAGCAGCAGCAGCAGCAGCAACAGCUGGUACAUCACCAGUGAAACAAGAAAUAAAUGACUCUACUUCAAAUCAUCACCAUCACAAUCAUCAUUUCAAUGAAUUGAAUCCUAAUUCAAAGGUGAAUCCUUUUAAUGAUGAGAAUUUGAAAUCAACUUCUACGCAUAUCAAGACAGAUAAAGAGAAGAAUAUUUCAUCAAAUACUGAGGGCAUUACUGCUGCUGCUAUUAAAGACAAUGUCCAUACUGUCGACGUUAAUACAAAUAGUAGUGAGGCAACGACUAAUGAUGAUUCAUAUUCUUCUACGACUAAUGAAGACAGUCAAGAAUCUGAUGAACAACAACAGCAUUCAGAAGAGGAGGAGGAGGCGGCGGCGCCAGAGAACUCUACUACUUAUCAUAGUAGUACUGAUAUAUUGCUAUCAUCAUCAUCAUCAUCUACUGUACCGCAGAUAAAACGUCCUGUCUUUCAACCGUCUAAUCGUAAUGCAACUCUGCAUAAUCCACGUUUAUACUACUCACAUCAUAGUAGUAUCGAUAUGAUUAGUAAAAAACCGUUAAUAGCAGAAAUAGAUAACAAUAAUAAUAGUAGUAAACAUAUGUUAUUAUUACAGAAAUCACCAAGAAAAUCAAUUGAUUCCAUAGAUAUUACUGGACAACAGUUAAUGGUUAUGGGUGGUGAUUAUUUAGUGAACAAUAUGCACAAGAACAAUGCCAUACAUGAUACUGAUCAGGAUGAAAUAGAAUCACAAGAAGGUGUUAAUAAUACACCACAGGCUAAAAGUUCAGUUGUUCAUAAUGCACUGGAUUUUUUUAAUAAGUCGACAUCAGAUUUUAUGAAUCUUAUCAAUGCAAACCGUUCAUUGUUAGGUUGGCGGUCAUUAAUACCAAGUUUAUCAACGAAUCCAACACCACAAUCAGGUAGACGUGCUACGACUACUGGCGCUUCUGCUUCUGCUUCUGUUGCAACAAGUUGUUUUACAGGAUCUGAUUUAUCCGAGAUUCGUUCAUCAUCCCAGGAUGCUUAUCAUGUGCAUCAAUAUCAAGCACAAAGUGGGUAUAUUUCUCCAUUGUUAUGGACUAGUAAAUCAGUCAGUAACAAUAAUAGUAAUACUACUAAUAAUAAUAAUCCAACAUUUAGUCCAGUCAUUGGUACAACAAGUACUAGUGGUGGUGGGGGUGGUGGUAUUCCAUUGCUACGUGAUACUAAUCGACUGUUCAAUUCUUAUUACAUUAGAAAUCCAAUGAAUGAAGAUCAUGGGGAUUGUAAUACCAGGAGUAAUAAUAAUCAUAAUAAUAGUGAUUAUUAUUCUCAGUCUAAUCAAUUUGCAUCAGUGACCGAUGUUAUCCACGACAAUGCUCAAAUGAAUUAUGAUCAUGGGCAUAAUCCUCGAGUUAAUCCUUAUAAUGACUUAAAGUCAUUAAAAGAUAUGUGGAUCAAUAUUGCUGGUCCAUUGCUUGUUGGUGAUCCUAAUCGUCGUAUGUCACCGGGUAAUUUACGUACAAUCAUCUUACAGCAUCAUCAUCAGUAUCACCAACAGCAACAACAACAACGACAGUAUGCAAAUGAUAAUAAUAUUACGUCAUCACCAGUAGUAUCGAAUCCAAUGGGUGAAAAUACUUCAUUUCUCACUCCGAGUAAUACUUCUACUACUGCCACUAGUGGUGGUGGUGGUGGUGAUGGUGAUGAUGGUAGGAGUAGCACUGCUGACACUGGUGGUACUGAUAAUGUAUCAACUACUCCGCACAGUAAAUGUCGUGAUGAUGAUGAUGAAAGUGGUAAUGCUCAACAGUUUACUUCAAAAAGUUUAACCACUUCACCAACUUUAAUGAGUAUAAAUGAGUCAGUACAAUCUUCUGUUGACAUGAAAUCAGAUGACAAGUCAUCAUCAUCAAUAAUAACCCCUGAUAAUGUCUCAGUAUCCUCAGUUCCUUCAACAACAACAACAACAGCAAAUAAUCCAAGUCAUCAAGUCAAGUCAUCAUCAUCAUCCCCUAUACCCACUCCUGUUAUGUCAUCCUGUGCCAAUGUCAGUUCACCACCACCGACAACAACAACAACCACAAGCGGUGUGACAACUUCAAAUAGUAAUAAUAAUAAUAAUAAUAGUAAUGUAAUGCCUAUUGUCAAUGAACGUAUAUCACAGUUGAAUGUAUUCAUAACCACUUGUUCAUCAUGUCCAAAGUGCAAUCAUUAUGUAUACGAUGAAGAGAUAAUGGAUGGUUGGACAACUGAUGAAAAUGAUUCGAGAACACAAUGUCCAUUUUGUAAGAUAAAUUUCACACCACAAUUAUCUAUUCGUAUAUUUGGUGACACAUCAGAGUAUAGUCAGCAAUCGAUACGAUAUCAACAACAACAACAGCAACAAAGGUAUCUCCAGCAACAGCAACAACAACAGUUAUCUCGUGCACAACAGAAUCUAUCGCCAGCAAUGUCUCCAUCAUCGAGUAGUAAUUUGUAUACAUCAGGUAUGGAUCCUGAUUUGUCACCUGAUGGUGGUGGUGGUGGUGGAUCGCCUACUUUGUUGAAUUCACCAAGUUCACCAACAGCGGCAUCAUGGAAUAACAAUAAUACCACUGUGCGCCUAAUGGAGCUGACGUAUUCCUACUUAAGUCCAUUUGUCUUAAGAAGAACACUGGAGACAAUUAUUCAACGAGAAGGUGAUGAAUGCUUACGCUGUCCCUGUCCAUCACCGUUGUCAUCAUCACCGGCAUCGGUUCAAUCCUCCUUGCUCAGUCGUCAUCCACAAUUAACAUGGAAUUUGGUGUGGUUGAUACAUCGAUUAGGCCUGCCAACACAUUUAUUAGACAGUCUACCAGUAUGGCUGAUAAAUUGUCAAUCAGAACAACGUAUGAAGUUGAAAAGCCUCUAUCAAGCUAAUGUAUUACAUCACCAACAAUCUCAUCAGCAACAACAACAACAACAGCAUAUGUGUAAUAAACAAUUGAAAGGUGGUAUCAAUUCAACGAUAUUCACUGAUUCAUUUUAUCAAGUGAAUUUAUCACCGAAUUUACCUGUAUAUAUCUCAUUACGCUGGAAUACAACAUAUCCUGUACGUAGUGUUAUGAGAAAUCCACUUUAUAAAUAUUGGUCUAAUUGGAAACAACCAACAGAUCAAAAUACUCCCUGGUCAUUAGUACCAAUAAGUCCCCAAGAGAUAUCUAUGCAAUAUAACUCAAACAAUAAAAUGAACACGAAUCUUUCAAUAUCAUCCGCCUGUUGUCCAAUUCACUCACUUAUUGAAAAGAUAAUUGAUGCUAUCCGUAAAAAUAAUAUGCGAUUUGCUAUAGCGAAUCUUUUACAAACACGUGCACAUAUCCAAUAUGAUUCACCAUUACCUUUGACUGUGAAACAACGACAUACACCAUCGUCUCCUCCUCCUCCUCCUCCUGUUCCUCCUCUUUCAUCAUCAUCAUCAUCACCGUCAUCAACAUCACUGAGACAACAGUUGAACAGUGAUGGCAGUGAAUUGAAAUCCAGCACGACCAAUGAAAAUAUUCAAACAAUACCUGUCCAACAACAACAACAAUCUAUGCAGGCGAUGGUUAACAAAUCGAGGUGUAGAAGUCAACGUCUUCUGUGCGGUGAUAUUAAAAGUUGUGCAUCAUGUUUAGAAGAAUCAUUAUAUCGAGAAUUAUUAUUCCUUGCUAUACAAGCACUGUCUCGAGCAUCACUUGAUCUAGUAUCCUUUGAUGAGAAAUACGAUCAAGUGUUCCGCAAAAAUGUCGAUUCUAGUCCAUUUCUCACGGAAUUCGAUAAACCACCAAGUCGCAGUGCUUCUGCCUAUCGUCAAAUGCUACGUCCGUUAACACUCAGACCAUAACAUAUAUAAUGUUGUAUUCACGAUAUCGGUUCUCCCUCCCAACAUAAUCAAUCAGCAACUUCUACACGAAUAUUAUUACUCUCUAUUGUCUACUACUUAUAUAUACAUAUACUACUUAAUUACUAUUUAUUUAUACCAAUCAGAUUUUACCCAUCUCUUCUUUAUUUUGGCUGUGAUGAUUGAUGAAAGGAGGAACAGUUUUUAAGCAGAAAAAUAAAACUGACACAUAUUCAUAUAAUUAUUUAUAUAUUGCCCUAUGUGCUUGCUAAGUGGAGGUUCUAACAUUACGUAAUCAAAGUGCGUGUGUGUGUUUGCCUAUAUAUAUAAACCCUUUCUCCCGUCAUCUAAAUGAUGUCUCAACAUCAUCACCAUUCAAGGCACGUUCCUCGUGUUCCGUCCACCCCUUCGAGCAAACUAUAUUUAUUAUUAUUAUUAUUAUUACCGUUGGGUUUGAUUCGUCACUUCACUUCUGCCAUCCUUCUCCAUCUCUUUUUUUGUCUUUAUGGUUACUGUCCCUAUCGUUAAAGUCAAUCUGGUCUCCUAAUUGCCUAUUAUUAUUAUUAUUAUUAUUAAUAUCUAAUAUGUAAACAUAUAAACGCUUCUAUUUUGUGUGUGUGUAUGUCGGCUUAUCUCAACACAAUAUUUUGAUUACGUAAUCAGUCAAUGAAUCAAUCAAUAAUAAGGUGUUGUUGUUAUUGUUUCUCUUUUGUUGUAAACAAGGCAUUCCAUUUGAUAUCUUCCAUAUAUAUAUAUAUAUAUAUAUAU